AUGUCUGGGCUCAUUACCCCGAUAGACUCGUUACCAAACGAGAUCCUGAUCGCGAUCCUGUCCACCUUCGAGUCUCGCGAGCUGCUCCCCGUUACCCUCGUCGACCGCCGCUUCAAUGCUACCGCUACUACCAUCCUGCAACACCGCUUGCUCUACACGGCCAAGAUGGAAGGACAUGAGGUAGUGCUGGAGAGCUAUCACCCAAGCGCCAAGUUGACCACACCGUCCAUGUCUUGUCGAUUCAUGGGAGUCGACUUCUUGAACCGCACUUGGACCGGUGACGAGGACUUGGACUUGCGUGAUCUUCGCCAGCUCUACUCUCAUUUCCGACCUGUUGUGUCCGAGGAGACUCGACGCAUGCGGAGGAUGUAUACCCGCCGCGUGCCCGGCGCACCAGCGCCACCAGAAGAUACCGGUGACGACGAGCCAGUCAUCCAAGAGAUCUGCUUGGACGAGGGCGAGCUGUUUUCCCAGCUCUGCACAACAACAAGUCUGAUCAAGACUGGCCCGAGACCGGGCAUCUUCGCAAGUCACAGCAACAUUGAAGACGGCGUCGUGCGUGUCUGGCGGCAUUGGCUAGAGCGAGUCGCGGCCAAGUGUGCGAUUGCACCGGCCGGGGAGCAGCAGCGAGACGAGAGCACCAUCUUGUGGGCAGAUGCCCGCAAGAACGUGGGACUUCGAUUUCGGGUAACACAAAUCGCGCAGGAGCAGGCGCCCGUCCUCCACUCGAGAGACGAGGAUCCGCCAGUGACCUAUUCUCUUCGAUACGAAGAGUUACUGGUUCGCACAAGCCAAGUGUUGCUGGCCAUGGAGAAGUCAGCAGUGCAGGAGAUUGUCGACUCAGGUAAUGCCAUCGUCAUUGCGUCUUAUUGA